AUGGGCUAUAGGAAUCGCAGCUUUAUAGCAUUGUUAUGUCUGGUGAUACUGUUUGAUUUACCAUUUACUUUUCAUCUGAAGUCGACUAAAUUAUUCAUAAGUUGCAGCUAUAUCGGAACAAAUUCUCUAUGUAGAGAUAAACUGCGAGUUUCUGAGAAUGACUACCCUGGAAUAUUGUACAAUGGGAGCAAAUAUGCAUUUCUUUCGCCUAUAAAACUUCAUUUAAACACACAUAGCUCCGUAAAGUUGAACGCUGAGUUUAAAUUUGAUGAAAAAAAGGCGAAACGCAAGAAACAUGCUUCAAAUAAGCCGAAGAAGACAGAUAAAGAGAAGCAUACACUGGAAGGAUUAACUCGUAUCGCAACCAAGAACACACAAGAAUGGGUGUUGUCUAAGGAACUGGAGAAAUUUUUCAGAGAAGCGGAUUAUAUUCCGAAUAAAAUGAGGUUACCAACUCCUCCCAGCAUAAGUUCUCCUUCUUAUGAUGCACUCUUGUAUCUAAAAGGCUUGCCAUUUGAAACAACUGAGGAUGAAAUAUUCAAUUGGCUCAAAAACUAUGACAUUGUUUCCAUUAUUUUGAUAAAAAAUGAAAAGGGACUGUUCACAGGAGAUGCAUAUGUACGCUGUGCAAACAUUGCCAUUAGGGACACUGUUGCCAAGGAAAUGGAUAACAAAGAAUUGGGGGUUCGUUACAUACAGAUUUUCCGCGUGAAUGAGAAUGCAUAUUUGGAGUAUUAUUAUUCUGGAUACAGAAAAGAACCAGCAAAGAGGAAUUUUGUUGAUAUUUCACUUUUAGUGGUCCCAGAGUCUAAAAGGAAAAAACAGAUGGAGAGUAAAGAACAGAAAAUGUAUCAUAUAGAUGAGAUAAAGACAGGAAUGCGUAUUACCGGAACUGUCACCGAAGUAUACAAGAAUGGAGUAAUUGUAGAUUGUGAUGUUUAUGAUGUAAAAGAUGGAUUUAAGGAAAAUGUUAUUUGUGUGUUGAAGAGGAAUAGAAUCGCAAAGAAUGUAGGAAUUGAGGGACAACAUAUGGAGUGGCUCAAGAGUAAGGACCUUGUUAUUUUUCCUGGACUGCAGUUAAACCUUUAUGUUGAAAAGGUAAGAGAUACAACCGCAAGGAAGACAUAUGAUAAGGACAUUUGGAUUGAACACUUUUCAGAGUCUCUGAUAAAGACGUAUACGCAAAAGGUUGUUUUUAUUCCGGAAGAAUCAGAAGCCAAAGCUGAAGAAUCAACAUUAGAAGUGAAAACUACACCAGAUUAUUCUGUAGAUGCUCCAGAAUAUGCCAUAAAAAAUACUGAAAAAGUUGUGAACAUCAGGAGUGACAAACACACAAUUCACACUCCUGCUAAGAAUUUUGAAUCUAGGAAGCUGGUAUACCUAACAAUGGAUUCUACUGUAAGUGAAGAUAAGGCUAUUUGGUGGGAAAAGAAGAUUUUGCAAAAAUAUCUCAAGAACGCAGAAAUUAAAGACUUUGAUAACGUUGCUGUUAAAAAUGCAAUUCAAUAUCACGCAUCAAAAAUGGCAUCUACGGCUGAAAAUGUAGAAAAGGAUGAACUAGUAUCGGGAAAGAGACGAAUUUAUGGAAAUAUAUCUCAUCAUGAGCUCACUCCAGGCAAUUUUCAAUCAGAGGAUAAAAAAGUUGCUACCAAAAAACAGGUCGAUUUCCCAGUUACUGAAACAAUUGAAAUAGAGUCCUCACUAUAUGAUACUAGCCCGUCUUCCUCAGAUAGAUACAGUGAAAUGGUAAAGGAAUUUUUCAAGGACUCUGGUGAUAUGAAGGAUGGAGUUAUGUAUCAUGGUUUUAAUAAUUCCUCUGGGGAAUCUGAACAUGACUAUAGUGAUCUGGAAGGAGACGAAAGAAAAGCAAACUAUUACAAUAAUAUACUAUACCAAGACCCAAAAGAUGAAUUGGAAUUAUUUCCAAGAAUAACCCUGUAUGACCCAUCCAUAAAAUUACCCACAAAUGGACUUUUGUUAAGAACAUCAGAAGUUCCAAGGCUAACGAAUGACCAAGUUAAUGCAAUUUUACAAAUUUUGGGCAAAGAACCAGGGGAUGAACCUUCGGCUAAUCGUAUUCUUCUAACCGAAACGAUCACCAACGAAGGUCUGCCAACGGACUUAUCUCCGCAAACUCUGAUACAAAAAGGUUUGUAUAAGGUUAAACAAUCCAAACGAUCUAUGAAAAAGAUUAUUAACCUUACAAAGCAUCUAACUGGUAGAAGAUUCACGCAGGAAGAUCUUGAUUCCGCUUCCAAAAAAGAGCUCCAAAUGCUUGUGGAAGAAUCACUCUACAAGUUCCUAAACUGGAAUCCGGAACAAAAGGUAAAGAAGGAUUUUAUUAACAACUAUUGCUAUUUGUUGGACAAGAGACUUUCUCUUCCAAAUAUUAGUGACAUUGUUCCGACACGUGAAUUCCCAGAAAAUAUAGAUUCGUUUUCCAGCAUAGAUCAUGAGAUAGAAAGUGCUGUAAAUGUUACCACUUCACCAGAAUCACAAAAUGAGGGGGAUAAAAUCAUUGAAAAGAUGUGGAACGAUCUGAAGUGGAUUAUAGUCAUCAACAUUUAUGGCAAGCAAAGCGACCUUGAAGAGAUCAUCAAGGAUAUUAAAGGGACUGACAAGCAAUUCAAUAUGGAUUUAAAUGCAGCAAAGAACUCACUGAACUCCGAAGUUUUAAAAUUAUUGGAAGAAGCUGUGGAUUAG